AUGGUAGAUACAAUUAUAGUUAAAGAUUUACAUGUACAAGCUGUAAUUGGUGUAAAUGCAAAUGAGAGAAACAUCAAGCAAAACAUUAUUAUUACAUUGAAGUUGUAUAAGGAUUUAUCGAUUUGUGGUAGUUCCGAUUUGGUUGGUCAUACCAUUUCCUAUAGUACUCUGUCAAAGUCGGUCUGUGCCUAUGUGGAAUCGUCGCAUCACUAUACACUCGAAGCACUGGCAACCGGUGUAGCACGUACCUGUUGUCUUGGAUUCGGAGUGGAGCGUGUCAAGGUGUUGGUGGAGAAGCCCGGUGCUGUCAAGCUCGCCAAGUGGCCCGGUGUCAAGAUAGAGCGUACCCUAGAGUAUUUCAAAAAGAAUGCAUCUCUCGAGAUACCGAGUGCACUCCAAUCGAUUCCGGCAACACCGACCGGUAGUGGCGGUGCCAACAUUGUGUAUAUCUCGAUCGGUUCGAAUUUGGGUGAUCGUUUCAAGAAUAUCACAGAUGCAAUUCAAUCACUGGGACUGUUCUCGGUGGUUCAAACCACUUCGUUUAUGUAUGAGACCGAUCCAGCAUACUUUACAGAGCAACCCAAGUUCCUCAAUUGUUGUUGUCGUAUCUCGACGGCGUUGGAUCCACAGCAACUUCUCGCCAAGUUGAAAACAAUAGAGAAGGAUAUGAAGCGUGAAGAAUCCUUUAGAAAUGCACCACGUCCCAUCGACUUGGACAUUCUCUAUUACAACAAAAUAGUAUUGAAAACAGAGAAUCUUGAAAUUCCACAUAAAUUAAUGUGGGAGCGUGACUUUGUAUUGGUUCCACUAUCAGAUAUUGCACCAAACUUUAUUCAUCCAACAUUACAUAUUACAACGAAUCAAAUGAAGAUCAAUCUCGGAAGUAAUCUAACCAUUAGAAAAGUUAUGAGAAUCAAUCAAACCCUGUGGGAUUGGAAGAAGAAAACAUUUAUUAUGGGUAUUUUGAAUGUUACACCCGAUAGUUUUUCAGAUGGUGGAAGAUACAAUGAUAUGGAGAAUGCAAUUGCUCAGGUCACCAAAUUGAUAGCCGAUGGCUCUGAUAUUAUUGAUAUAGGAGGACAGUCUACCUAUCCCGGUGCCGUACAGAUCGGUGCCGACGAAGAAAUCAAUCGUGUCGUUCCCAUUAUCAAAAAGAUUCGUGAGCAUCAUCCAACCAUACCACUGUCAAUCGAUACCUACCAUGCCAAAGUGGCACGUGCUGCCUUGGAUGCCGGAGCCAAUGUUAUUAAUGACGUGACCGGUGCCAUAAGGGAUCCCGCCAUCAUUGAAGUAGCCAGAGAGUAUCGUGUACCAAUUAUCAUUAAUCACGAUCGUCCUACACCUCAGUUCCUCCAGCAACAACAUCUCCAAAAGAUGGCAGCUGAAACCGGUAAUCCAGCGGAUCUCAGUGUCAUCGAGAAGCAACCGGAUAUCAUAAAGCUGGUUGGCGACUACUUUAACGAGCGUGUUCAAACGUUGGUUGCUUCGGGCAUUCAUCUCUGGCAGAUCAUUCUCGAUCCAGGUUUGGGAUUUGCCAAGACCUACGACCAGUCGAUCGAUCUGAUCAGAAGAGGUAGCGAAUUGAUAUCGAAUGGUUUCCCACUGUUGAUAGGACCAUCGCGUAAAGGAUUCAUUGGUGCGACACUAGCUAAAUGCGAAGGAUCCACAUUGGUACCAGAUGCAAAGAGCGAUCGUAGACUAUGGGGAACUGCUGCAUGUUGUUGCAUAAGUGCAGGUUGGGGUGUUAACAUCAUAAGAAUUCAUGAUGUCUCUGAAAUUAAAGAUACAAUUUUAAUUGCAGAUACAAUUUAUAGAUAG